AUGGAAGCUGAAUUGGCAACACAUCACUGUGAGGUAUACAAUAAUGUCGGAGAUUAUGAGCAUCCAAACAUCAUGACCUCCAGAGCAUUUGACGAGCCAGAUCUGCAAUCCUCCUCUUCAGCAACCUCCUGCUUGCCGAUGUUCCACGCUCAGAACCACGCAGAAGUGCAUCCCCUGCUCAAGGUUGACACUCUGGACGACAUCCCUUACGAGAACCUGCAUGUACACCAUGAGGACAUCUUCCCUGCCGGCACCCAACUACAACUUUCCGAUCUCGAACUUGAACCGACCUGGGCUCCUCAUCAAUUGUAUCCGCACUUCAUCAGCAACAAGGUCGUACAAACCAACGAUUUCAGUGGACUUCCACUGCUGCCAUACACAUCAGAUCCAAUGGCACUCACUCCAUCAACAUAUCCCUACUAUGAAGAGCAGAGUGUCUGGCCCUCGUCUCCGGAAUACGGCCAAUGCAGAUCUUUCACCACGACGGAUGAAGAUGAGGACGCAGUAGACGACAAACCGUACGCCAGACUCAUCUACGAAGCUCUGAUGCAGGCGCCUGGCCACAGGAUGAUGCUCCGAGAAAUUUACGAAUGGUUUCGCCACAAUACCACCAAACCUCAAGAAUCUGGGUCGAAUGGUUGGCAGAAUAGCAUUCGGCACAACCUGUCCAUGAAUAAGGCUUUCGAAAACGACAGGGAAUGCGCAAAGGGGAACUCAAGGAAGGCGACUAGCGUCUGGAUACUGACCGAUGAGGCGAUCAAGAACGGGGUCCAAUCCACCACAAGAUAUCGCAAGACCGGAGCGGGCAAGAAAACGAUGGCAGGGCGCAUACCAGCCAUUCAACGCCAAAGAGCCGGAGCAAAAGGGGGGCGAGCCGCGCGACAUGCUGCCAAAAGGAAGUAUCAAGAGCACUGUGCUUUCACUGACUCGACGGCGACACCAAGUCCCUCAGCGGCAUCGUAUUCCGAUUGCACCGACUACCAAAGCUUGGACUCCCACGAUCCACGCCCCACUGCGAGGAGUUGGCCAAUGACCCCUGUGGAGCCAAAUCUGGCAGCCGAAGAAGCGAAUUUGCUCCGAUGUCUGUCCCCACAGAGCACACUGGGUUUCCGGACACAACCUUUGGAACACAUGGGUUACGGAGAAGAGAACGUGCACUUGCAGAAUACUUUCUUGCAGUCGAUGCGAGAUCAGCAGUUGGAGGAACUGGUCAGAUUCCAUGUGGACUGA